AUGGCUCAGUGUAAAAACCAUGUUGUUAGUUCGCUUGAGGAAAGGUGUGUGCAAGACCCAGCCUUUGACUGUAAGAAGCGUCAAAAUGUUAGGAAAAAACUGAGACUGAUACGAAUAACAGGACUUCUCCUGGGAAUUAUGGCCAUUAGCACACUCUCUCUUUCAGUUAGUGCCUUUUUUGAGCUGGAAUCUUAUAGCAGCGAAAUGACAAACAAUCUAGUUAGCCAAAAGUUAACGCAAAUGCAUCAAAGAAUUCUUUUGAACAUUCAGGACCAGAGUCAAAAUGGCACUCUAGAUCCACCUUUUUUUAUGAAACUUGAUCAGAAUGUUUCUGAACAUUCCAAGGGAGAAUAUCCGGAAGAUCUUUUUACUCUUGAACAAAGAAGACAGGGUGCUGUACUCCUACACAUUUGUGGAAUGAUUUACAUGUUCAUAGCCUUAGCCCUUGUCUGUGAUGAGUUCUUUGUUCCGUCACUGACAGUCAUCACGGAAAAACUGGAAAUUUCUGAUGAUGUGGCUGGAGCAACGUUCAUGGCCGCUGGUGGCUCGGCCCCAGAGCUCUUUACUUCUCUGAUAGGCGUCUUUAUAUCUCACAGCAAUGUUGGCAUUGGGACAAUAGUUGGAUCUGCAGUAUUUAAUAUUCUGUUUGUUAUUGGAAUGUGUGCUUUGUUUUCUAAAGAGGUACUUCACCUUACUUGGUGGCCACUGUUUCGGGAUGUGAGUUUUUACAUCAUGGACUUGAUAUUGCUAAUCAUCUUCUUUUUGGAUAACGCAAUUAUGUGGUGGGAAAGCUUAACACUUCUGAGUGCUUAUAUUACUUAUGUGACUUUCAUGAAAUUCAACGUACAAGUUGAAGAACAGGUGAGAAGGCUGUUAACCAGGAACAAAGUGGAGAAAGUAACAACAAACUCUGAUGGAAAGCCUGCAGCUGCUAGGGAUCAGGAUCAGCCCAGCUUGCCAACUAAGCCGCGUCUCCAGCGGGGUGGCAGUUCUGCAUCUUUGCACAAUAGUCUAAUGAGGAACAGCAUUUUCCAGCUUAUGAUUCAUACCCUUGACCCACUUGCAGAAGAGCUUGGAUCAUAUGGAAAGCUAAUGUAUUAUGAAACAAUGACUGAAGAAGGAAAGUUCAGAGAAAGGGCAUCAAUUCUUCAUAAGAUGGCCAAAACGUGCCAGGUGGAGGAUGAUGAAAAAAAGAAUGGAAGUGCUAAUCAUGUUGGAAAACUUGAGCCGCCCAACAACACAACAGUUGAAGUUGAAGUGACACCUCCAAGUGAUGCUGCGGAACCAUUGCAAAAUGGAAGCGCUUUUCCAGCAGAUGAGGAAGCAGAAGAAAAUGAUGAGCCACUAAGCCUAGCCUGGCCGGAUACCACACGUAAACGGUUCACUUACCUAGUGAUUCUUCCUAUUGUUUUGCCAUUAUGGAUUACCCUGCCUGAUGUCAGAAAUCCUAAAUCAAAGAAAUAUUUUCCCGUUACAUUUUUUGGAUCAAUCUCUUGGAUUGCAAUAUUUUCCUACUUAAUGGUCUGGUGGGCCCAUCAGGUCGGAGAGACCAUUGGCAUCAGUGAAGAAAUCAUGGGCUUGACCAUCUUAGCCGCUGGCACAUCUAUCCCUGACCUAAUUACUAGUGUCAUCGUGGCCCGCAAGGGACUGGGGGAUAUGGCAGUGUCCAGUUCAGUGGGAAGCAACAUCUUUGACAUCACAGUCGGCCUUCCUCUCCCGUGGCUACUCUACGCCGCGUUUAACAACUUUGUCUCGGUGAAGGUGAGCAGCAAUGGUCUAUUCUGUGCUAUCGUCCUCCUCUUCAUCAUGCUGCUCUUCGUCAUCAUCUCUAUUGCAUUCAGCAAGUGGAAAAUGAACAAGAUCCUGGGUUUUACCAUGUUUGGGCUUUACUUCAUGUUCCUCAUUGUCAGUGUCCUUCUGGAAGACAGGAUCAUCAUGUGUCCUGUGACCAUCUAA